AUGGAGGACGCUUCAAACCCUCUCUUCUUUCACCAUUCAGAUGGUCCUGGCCUCAGCCUUAACAAGCUUGGUUUUAUUGAUAGUUCUCUCCCUCAGCCUACCGCAGAUGAUCCUAACCUUGCUGUUUGGUUUCACUACAAUAAUGUUUCAGUAUGGGAAGAAUUGACUGCUUUCAAACCUGUCUGCAGUUGCUCUUGUGGAGAAAUUCGUCCCCUUCUUGAAAAUUUUGCUACUGAGCAUGCUAUUCAAGAAGAAAAACAGAGAGAAAUUGGGAUGCCUUCAACCUCUAUUGUUGAAUCUCCACAUGCCUUUGUUGUCAAGGUUCUUGUAAAGUCCUUUAAGCCUGGCAAGAAGGAUCGCCCUUUAUGA